AAGGCGAUUGUAUUGCCUUGGAUUUUUCGUGGUGUGGUUCACUGGAACAGAUGCUUUUAAGUUUAAGUCGGUGAAUUAAGUAAAAAAGUAAGCCAAUCCUUUUGUCAUAUUUCAACACCAAAAAAAGAGUACUUUUUGACAGGCAGCUGAUAAUAGCAAAAGGAGCAGCAGAUUGGGCCACUGUACCCACCCCCUGUGCUCUUUCCUGAUUGCAACUGUAUAUACUAAGUAUUUAAGAAGAUAUCCAGAAUGGCAGAAAACAAUGAGCCAGUGUCCUUCACAACCUUGGCUAUUGUCAUGAAGCAUAUAGACCCAAACAUGAAAUUAUCAGAAGCUCAAAUCUGGGCUUCAGAGCUCCAUAAAUGCAUUUCUGACAUAGAGAAUCGUAAAUAUUCUUCCUUGCUAGAAUUCUCUGAUGAGGAAGCACUUUGUUGUGGUUUGCGCUGUCCAGGUACUGCAAAGGAAAAAAUUCAGGCAGUUAUUGACUACAGGAAAUGUCAUCCUCUACCAAGUCGUUCCUACUUUUUUGAUUCUGAUUGUACAUCUCCACAACGUAUUGUAAACGAAUUGCUCGAAGCUAUAAAAGGAAAAGUAGAUUACUGGAAAGCUGCUGAAUCAAGUGAUGAUUGUGACAUCUCAACAUUAUCCUCUGAUGUGAUACUACUUGCAGCUCAGACUUUCAUGUUUCGAAACAAACAUUACAGUACUUCUGAUGAAGAGGCUCUCCACGCUUUCAACGAAGCCAUUCAAUAUCUAAAAGGGGAGAAACGUACAUCGACUGAGUUCAUACAGUGUAACAGCAGGGAGCUCACAGGGAUUAUCCAAUGUGUAAACCAGCAUUUCACAGUAGAAAGCAUAGACAUAAUUGGCCGUGAAAUAGCUAAAAAUGUGAUGGAUAAUAUAAAUCAAGGCAAAGAGCCUCCAAAACCAGAUGGAUAUAUAUUUUCAUGGGAUGUAUACCUGCUCUCUGAAGUUGAGUGCCUCAAGUUUAACUAUCGUGAGAGAAGAGAAAUAUUUAGAAACAAGAAUGACAAUUACAUAUUCCCAGAAUGGGGGAGAAUGGGGCAAAACUGUUAUCGCUGGUACAUUUUUUGUGCACAAGGUAAAUACAGCAGUAAGGAAUAUUAUGCCAUGCAAUUAAAAAAGACUACUACAAUCGGGGGUAUUGUUUAUGAAUUUAAAGGUGAUUUCAGAGUCAGCGAAGAUCCUGCCCUUCUGAAACGAUUUCAAAAAGGCAAAAUAAACAGGGAGUGUAUUACUGAAUUCCAGGAGACUCCUGAAUAUUGCUGGAGCAGAGAUGGCAAACCUCCUGCUCACCCAUAUUUCAUUGUGGCUCAACUCUACUGGCCUCAUUUUGUGCGUGAUUUAAACUACCUACUGGUACAGAACAAACAUCAAGUCACAGAUAAAGAGGCACUAACAGUAGUGUAUGAUGAGAUGCCUACUCUAAAGGAAAAAGAAAAAGAGAAAGAAAAAAAUGAUCAUAAAACAUACACUUGGUUUUUGAACAAACCGAGUGAUGCUGUUAUUGACUUCCCAGAACUAAAAGAUUAUUCUGAGGGACAGACUUUCUCUGAGGACUACUUAUGUCCUUCAACAGAACCCCUUCAAACAGAAGGCUUUAGUUAUGAGUGGUCAAGAGAAGAACAUGAAACCUCACACAAAGACUUCACCUUAAUAUACAGAGCAAGGCCAACCCUUGAAAGAGUUCCAGAGGUUAUUACAGAGGAAAACAGAGUAAGAUUUGAUUACUGGCAGUAUAUCAAAGAGUUUGUCUUUUUUGGUGGGUCACAUCGUGAAGGAACAGUUCUUGCCCCGGAUCCAGCUUGGAUUGAUCAGGCACACAGAAAUGGGGUAGGCAUAUUUGGCACAGUUUUUUUGCCUCCUCUGGCUUUUGGGGGAAAUGUGAAUGACAUUGAAGAAUUGGCAAAACCGGAGAACCUACAGAAACUAGUGGACAUUGCCCACCGAUUAAACUUCGAAGGGUGGUUUCUGAACACUGAAAGCUAUGUGGACUAUAAUGAGCCUCGCUUAAAAACGUUGAAACACUCAAUUAAGGAAAUGGAUCUCAGGGGUAAAGAAAUUAUCUGGUAUUUACCCAAUCAUGAUCAAAGUGAUAACUUUGACCCAAAAUCUAAAGGAGUAAGGAUGACGUGUGAUGAUGAAAUCAAUAAUACAGCACCUGCUUUUCUGGAGGAAAAGGGAAAAAAGCUGUAUUUUAAUUUUCAUUCGAUUAACAGCAUUUUUUUAAAUCGGGCUCCUCGGAAUUACCUCAUGUUUGUUGAUGAACCCUUUUGGAUAAAUACACUAAAACAGAGAAGAUAUUUAGUAGACCCUGUCAGAUUUCGACAGGCACAGAACUGUCUUUGGCAGUUUUUUCUGGGUGAAAAUGGUCUGGAAAGAAAACCAACAGAUCAGUUUCCCUGGUAUGGAAUUGCGAAAUAUGCAAAACAAAGAAAACGAUUAAGCAAAGAAUAAGAAUACAUUUGCUCAAGUUUGAAUUUCCAGCUAUUUAAGAGAUUUUGUACUUCCAAACUCCUCGACUAUCACCAUUAGAGGUCAAAACCAACCGUAAUUGAGGUUAUAUCUUCUGUCUCGCUCACAUUUUAUGAGAUAUAGGGUUAGUAUACAGCACAUUAACCUGCUCUCAGACACUUACAUGUAAAUGGCAUUGUAUAUUUAAAUUUGUAACAUUUCACAAAACUAGUUCUGUUUGACUUAUUUUUAAUUGUGUUGGGAUUUGUUAGUACUCUGUUUCAUUUUAGUUGUUUAUUAUUUCACCAUCUUGAAAUUUAGUUAAACAAUAAUACAAAAAUAAAAAUAAAAUGUAAAAACAAUAAAAAAACAAUAAUCGUAAUGCACAGUGUAGCACACCAUUUCAUUGGUGAAACUGAUAUAUGUAUUUGAGACUGAGCAUCUUUUUCUGUUUUUUAUUAGAAUGAUGUGAACGUGCAUAUAAACUCUUAGUAAUUUAUGUACUAUCUUCUGUGUUGUUUAAUUGUUGUAUUGUAAUAAUCUUAACAAAGGGCAGUAUGAAAGAUGCUCUGUAAAAUAAAUGAUGCUUUUAAAGUACUGCUAAAUUACUUUUAUAUUUAUCAACUUAUAAUUACUUUGAAGGUGUCACACCCAUCCUUAAAUUUAACAAUAGGCCUACAUAUGAAUAUGUAAAGUGACACGAACUGCUCAAUGUUCAUUUUAUUGUAUGUGCUUAAGAUUAAAGAUUGGUUACUUGCUGUGAGGUGAUGGAUAUGUGCCAUUGCCAUAAUUCUCUAGAAAGCAUGUGGUGUGAAAAUAUGAUACUUUGAGCUAAAAAAAUAAAAUGGGCUGUUGUGUUUACUAAAGUGAAUAAAUCUGCAUACUAAAUGUGAAA